GAGAACAGAGAACACCAGAGAGCACCCUGCUGCUGCCGUGAACCACAAGAGACCAUGGACCUAAGCUGGUUUGGCUGGGAUGAGCUGGCGCUGCAGGAAGUGCCCCUGGGCUCUGGCAUGGAGCACCCAGUCCUGGCCUCAGGUGAACCAGAUUUUUACAACUCAAAAGCUUCCACCCUGUCAGACCCCAGAGACUUGAACCCUAGGACCCCUGGAAUUGGAUGGAAAGAUUCUGCAUCAAUUUCACACCUUGCCGGGCUCCCAGCUAACGAAUGCGGCUCCGAUUUCCUGUUGCCUGAAUUUCCGUGGGGGACUGACACCUCCGCCUUGAACCUUCAGUGGUCUGGCGACUGGACGGACUCGGCGUGGAUCAACCCAGUCUCCCAGCCCUAUGGCCCUACCCCCUUCACCUACUCUGAAAGCGCGGGGAUCGCGGACCUUACCACUAGCCAGACCAGCUUCACCUCGUGGGCCACCCCCCCUGCCUCAAGCGGUCCUACCCACUGGGACUGCCCCACCGGCCCUUGCUGGGAGGGCAGAAGCGCUGCUGCCACGGAAUAUCCCACCACCUGGGAGCUGAGCCAAUCUUCGGAAUGUUCAGCUCCCUCCAGCGGAUGCCCGGUCACCUCUAACUCAGCACCACGCUCGGGCCGUGCUGUCGCUACCCGAGGCCCCAGGACCGGACACCGUGGUCCCAUUCAGCUGUGGCAAUUCCUGCUGGAACUCCUCCGGGACCGCGCGGGCGAAGGCUGCAUCCGUUGGACCGGGAAUAGCCGAGAAUUCCAACUGUGCGACCCGAAGGAGGUGGCCCGUCUGUGGGGGGAGCGUAAAAAGAAGCCAGGAAUGAACUACGAGAAACUGAGCCGGGGGCUGCGUUACUAUUACCGCCGGGACAUCGUGCACAAGAGCGGUGGCCGAAAGUACACUUAUCGAUUUGGGGGCUGCGUCCCCGACCUGCCCUGACUCGACCGGGGAGAACCAUGCGCGGGGGGGGGAUUGGGGGCACACGCGGGAGGAAUAAAGCCUCGGACUCCUCCAUGCGCCUCUUCGAGUGUCUCUGUCCCGAGGGGAGCGCCUCGGACUCCAAAGCUCCCUUGAUCUCAGGCCUUCCCUCCGGCCUCCGAUCUUCCGACUCCAGCCUUCUGAGCCCUGCCUCCCUCUGCGGUCCUCGGCUUCCAACCCCCACCCCAGGGGAAAUGGUGGGAGGGUUACCUGAGAAAUCGGAGCACGCCCCCUCCAGGGCCGCUCUCUGGAGG